AUGGUCACUACAAAUGACAAGGAGACUGAAGACAAGCCAAGCAAGCUGUCGGAACAACCUGAAAAUACCUUAGUAGAGACGGAGAAGAAAGACCAACAAGAACCUGAAAUCUCACAACAGGAGCUGCUGAGACUAUAUGCACCAUUUCCUCAACUGCUAAAGGGUGCUGUGGGAAAGAGAAUGUACUCAAGGUUCUUAGACUCGUUUGCAUCUUUGAAUGUGAACAUACCAUUCAUCAAGAUCAUUCAGCAAAUGCCAGCAUUCAUCAAGUAUAUGAAGGAACUACUUCCCAGAGAGCUCACUCAAGGGGGGCCAGACUGGGAAACAAAUUUUGAUAGAGCACUUUGCGAUUUGGGAGCAAACAUCAACUUAAUACCCCUAUCCCUGGUAAAAAGGCUGCAGAUCAAUGAGAUACUACCUACAGAUGUAGUCAUAAGGCUGGCUGACAAGACUCAAAAGCAAGCAGUGGGAGUGGUGGAAAAUGUGUUGCUCAAAGUUGGAAAAUACUUUCUCCCAACAGACUUUGUCAUCCUGGACAUGGAAGAGAGUCACCUGCACCCAAUCAUAUUGGGGAGACCAUUUCUAGCUACUGCUAGAGCACUCAUAGAUGUGGAGAAAGGAGAGAUAAUAUUAAGGAUCCAUGAUGAACAACUGAGCUUCAGUGUUUUCGAACUCUCACUAGAAAAAGAUGAAGAGGAUAAAGAACCGAGCAAAAGGCAUCAUGAGAUACUAAAGGAAGAAGCAAGCACUGAAGCACAACCAGCUCAUCCUGAGAUUCACUGGGUUGAUGGACAAGGCCAGCAGCAAGUGCCACAGGUCAAGGAAAAUUGGAGGAACCUAAGCCACCAGAAGUUUGUGAGGACAUUAACAAAAGCUCAUCAAAGAAGGAGGUCACCAGGAGUAAGAAAAUAG